AUAACGAGAAAAGUGAUUUAGAAAACACUACUAUUCAAUUUUUAAUGUUAACGUCUUAGUUUGUUUGCUAUUAUAAUAUUGUAUAAUUAAUUAAUUAGGUAAGUGAAAUAUUUGUUAUGAAAUUUUGACGAUUUAUGUUUGUUGGAAAUAAAGUUUUUUUUUGAGCUAAGAGCUGUUUGUAAUCUAAAAAGCACAAACUGUAAGCUUAGGAAGACCUGGCAAUAAUUAUGUCAAGUCGUCGCGACGGAAUGUCGUCAAAACAAAUUUAUGAUCUUGACACCAUAUGGGGAGAUUUGAAAAACGGUAUUGAACAUGUUUAUAAUCGACAGUCUAUGCCAAAGCCUCGUUAUAUGGAACUUUAUACACAUGUGUAUAACUAUUGUACAAGUGUACAUUUAAAUCCUAAUAAAAAUGCAGCUGUCCCAAGUAAUCGUUCCAAAAAAGUUACCUCUACAUCAACAGCUCAGGUUGGAGGUGCACAGUUGGUUGGUUUAGAAUUAUAUCGAAGAAUUAAAGAUUUCUUACGACAUUAUCUUGUAGACCUGAUUAGUCGAGGGUCAAAUUUCAUGGAUGAAGAUGUAUUGGCUUUCUAUACUCGAGAAUGGGAAGAUUAUCGGUUCAGUUCAAAAGUUCUCAAUGGUGUAUGUUCAUAUCUUAAUAGACACUGGGUACGUCGUGAAUGUGAAGAAGGCCGUAAAGGAAUUUAUGAAAUAUAUCAAUUAGCAUUAGUUGCAUGGCGAGAUUGCCUUUUUCAACAAUUGCACAAAAGAGUUACUAAUGCUGUUUUAAAAUUAAUUGAACGUGAACGAAAUGGAGAAUCAAUUAAUACUAGACUAGUCAGUGGUGUUAUCAAUUGUUAUGUUGAACUUGGUUUGAAUGAAGAAGAGCCGUCCAUAAAAGGUCAAAGCUUGACUAUUUAUAAAGAAUCUUUUGAAAAAACAUUCUUAGAAGAAACUAAAUGUUUUUAUAUCAAGGAAAGUGAUCAGUUUUUAGCAAACAACACAGUUACAGAAUAUAUGAAAAAAGCUGAACAACGAUUACAAGAAGAACAAAAAAGAGUUAGGGAUUAUUUACAUGAAACAACUUUAGUGGGACUUGCAGAUACUUGUGAAAAAGUUUUAAUUCGUAAACAUAUGGAAAUAUUUCAUGCAGAAUUUCAAAAUUUGUUGAAUUAUGAAAAAAAUGAUGAUCUCGGUCGUAUGUACCAGUUAGUUUCACGUAUACAAGAUGGUCUUGGAGAAUUAAAAAAUAUUUUAGAAUGUCAUAUAUUGGCUCAAGGCCAAACUGCUAUAGAGAAGUGUGGUGAAGCUGCAUUUAAUGAUCCUAAAACCUAUGUAAGCGUCAUCCUAGAUGUACAUAAAAAAUACAAUGCUUUGGUUGGUGUAUCAUUUAAUAAUGAUUCAGGCUUUGUAGCUGCUUUGGACAAAGCUUGUGGUGGCUUCAUCAAUAAUAAUUUAGUUACUAGGCAGUAUAAUUCAAGUUCUAAAAGUCCUGAAAUGCUUGCCAAGUUUUGUGAUUUAUUGUUAAAAAAAUCAAGCAAAAAUCCUGAAGAAGCAGAAUUAGAAGAUACUUUGAAUCAGGUUAUGAUAAUGUUUAAAUAUAUUGAAGACAAAGAUGUAUUUCAAAAAUUUUAUAGUAAAAUGUUAGCUAAACGUCUUGUUCAACAUAUGUCUGCUAGUGAUGAUGCUGAAGCUUCUAUGAUUUCAAAAUUAAAACAAGCCUGUGGUUUUGAAUAUACUUCAAAACUGCAACGUAUGUUUCAAGACAUUGGUGUAUCUAAAGACUUAAAUGAAGCAUUUAGAAAACAUAUUAUUUCCUCUAAUAUGCCUCAUGAUAUUGACUUCAGUAUACAAGUCCUAUCGUCUGGUUCAUGGCCAUUCCAGUAUCUAUUAACAUUUUCUCUUCCCACCGAAUUGGAACGUUCAGUUCAGCGAUUCACUCAGUUUUAUAGUGGCCAACAUUCAGGCCGCAAACUCAACUGGUUGUACAACAUGUCCAAAGGAGAGUUGAUUACAAAUUGUUUUAAAAACCGUUAUACUUUACAAGCUUCAACUUUCCAAAUGGCUGUAUUAUUGCAAUAUAAUCUACAGGAAUCGUGGACGAUAAAUCAAUUAUCAGAAUCAACACAAUUGAAGUUAGAUUAUUUAGUACAAGUACUACAAAUUUUGUUAAAGGCUAAACUUUUAAUGUGUGAAGAAGAUGAGACAUGCUUACAAGGUAAUUCUGUUGUCAGUCUUUAUACUGGAUAUAAGAAUAAAAAACUGCGUGUAAAUAUUAAUGUACCUAUGAAGCAAGAAAUUAAACUUGAACAAGAAAGUACACAUAAGCAUAUCGAAGAAGAUAGAAAAAUGUUGAUUCAAGCAGCUAUUGUAAGAAUCAUGAAAAUGCGUAAAGUUAUGAAACACCAACAGCUGACAGCUGAAGUGUUGACUCAACUAUCAUCAAGAUUUAAGCCCAGAGUAAAUGUGAUCAAAAAAUGUAUAGAUAUAUUAAUUGAAAAGGAGUAUUUGGAAAGAACUGAGGGACAAAAGGAUUCGUAUAGUUACUUAGCUUGAGUUUCAACUCAUUUGGAAUUUCUAUUUACAAAUAUUUUGUAUUAUGUUGCAGAUUUUACUAAUUUUUUAUUCUUAAUUGUAAAAUAAAAAAAUUCUUUGAAAAUGCCUAUGACUUCAUUGAGCAUUAUUAUGUUUUGUAUAAAAUAGCAAAUAAUUAUUUAUUUGUUUGAUAACAUUGACAUAAUAUAAACGUUAAUGUUA